AUGGAAGAUAACAAUGAAAAUGUUAGUGCUGUGGAAUCUGCUUUCUCUAAAACGACUCCUCAAAAAUCAUCAUCAGGGGAUGGACCAGAUAACAAAAGUGUAGAUGUUUCACAAUCAUUAUUUCCGGAGAGCCCAGUUUAUGAACCAGAUGAAGAAUUGGAUACUAAUACUGAGCAGAAUGAUAAUGUCACUAGUACUGCUGAUGAUAAUAAUGCUGUGUCUCUUAUUGAAAUAAAAGAUGAUCUUACUCCUACAUCAGCUAAACGGAAGCUUAGUGAUGAUACAAGUGACACAAAUGCAAAAAUUCAGAAGCUUGACCUUAUUGAAGAUGAACAUACAGUAUCAAGUCAAACAUUGGACGACGAGGUGUCUGAAAUAACAUCUGCAAAACGUAAACUUGAAAAUAUACCGUCUGUUUCACGAGUUCGUACUCCGUUGCGUUCCAGCCCCAGAAGAACCGCUAAAAGAAGCAAUAGUGCAGAUUUAGAUAACCCCAAAACACCAAAGACUCCUAAAUCAAGAUCAGCCAGUGCAGAUAUCACUAAAACUCGGAAAACACCACGAAAAAUUCAAUUAGAAAAACCAAGAGAAGAACCAAUAUCUGAAGAAACCCAUAUUGUCAUUUCUGAUAGUUCAAAUUCAAGACCUAGCGUAGAAUUUGUCGCGGAAAUUCGACCUCCGAUAGACAUCGCAGAAACUAUAGCUGAAGAAAGUAAUUCGGAACAAAAUGAUUCUCAAAAUUUCCAUUUAGAGUUGUCACCGACUCCUGAGGAUAUAACUGAUGAUGAUAAAGCUAUUUCACCAAAAUACAGCAGUGAUCCAGUCGUUGUAAAAGAUAGGCAAGAAGUCCUUAAUGCUGGUCAAAUUCAAGAAACUCAUAGUGACGGCUUUAAAUAUUCAGAUCAAAAUAUCAAUCUUUGUCAACCUCGACCAAAAGAUUUUAAUAAAGAAAAAGCAACUGAUCAAGAGAGUACUGACAGCAUAGGUUCUCUAAAUUUAGAAAGUCCCGAUCACGUACCUACUGUUGCUUCGCAUUUGAUCUCAAAAUUAUCAAACGGAAACUCUUCUACGCCUACAGAAGUUAUCAUUUCUGGAAAACAUAAUGUUAGUGAAGAUAGCGAUGGCACUCCUGAUUUGGUUAAAUUAAAUGGAAAUCAAAUUAAAAGAACUAAAAAUGAUUUAUUUAGAACCAGCAACACAACGACACCUUCAACAAUUUCGCCCUUGCAAAAUGGGCAUUCCUUACCUAUAAACACUCCUCAAAUUCCAGUAUUUGAUGUCCACGUUAGUCAUAAUGAAGAUUGUGAAUUCCUUUCUCUUUACGUCGUUAGAACCGACAAUGAUUUGGGUAUGGAUAUGUGUAAAGAAUACCAAAGAAUUUCAAAGAGAUUUACAAUAGAUCCAUAUUUAGCAGACAUAUCUGUAAGCAAUUCUCCAUCGAGCGUAACAAGCGGUGGUAUGAUAAAUUUGCCUAAUCGAACCUCAUUUGCAUCGACUGUUGGUUCAAGUUCUACUUCAAGUAAUCGAACUAGCGACGGUGCCUUUGUCGUACCUCAACCACCCCGGAAGUCAGUUACGAACCCUUCAACUUCUGUAAAAGGAUACGAUGGUUUGAUGAAAAAAUUGCAAGAAAUAUUUUCACACAUCAGAGAAGCAUCAGUUGACGAAAUAAAUCGAUCGAUCACCGAUGACAAGAUUUCAGUAGGCGUUCAAACAUCGAUUUCCGGUGACUCGGCAACUCUAAGCAAUGGUAAUGCGAGUCCAGAAGAAGUCGGUAAAUGCGAUAAAGCUACUCCUAAGAGCUCACUGAAGAAAACUAGGGUUAGAGGUCGACGGCAUUUAGCUGGUAAAACAAAGCGAGCAUUAUUACCAACCCAACCGGAAGAACCAGAACUGGCUUACGGUAUGAAUUCUCCUGAAAUGGUGCCAACUAAUGGGGAAAGUGGCAAAGAAUCUCCCAUAAAAUCCCCUAAGGAAGAAAAACCACUAUCUACUGUAGUAGCAACACCUAAAUCUGUUAACAAAUUGAAACAGAAAAAGCGACCAACUUCUCCAAGACCUGUAACUCCCGUGGAAAAGAUUGUCGUGAAGCCCGAGUAUCCUGGAUACGCCCCUGAUACUGUAGUUUUAGCGAAAUGGGUAGACAAACGUUACUACUCAGGAAAAGUGUUAGAAAUCACAGAGCCCAAUAAGUAUUUGAUCAAAUUCGAUGAUGGCCAAACCAAAGUACUUCUAGAUGACUUUAUAAUUUUUGGUGAUAUGAAAUCUUUACCGUUACAAGGGCAAUCAGUGUACACUAUGGUUGAUGAAGAACAGAACUAUGAGCCUGGCUUAGUACUCGGCAUGGAAGAGAAUGACUGUGGCACUGUGACAUAUAAAUGCACUACAGAUGGUGACACUUUGGUGAUGGUGACCGCUAGCGAGUUGUAUUUGACGGAAGAUCAAGCUCGUUCUCUGAAAGAAUCUGCUAGAGCGCGUUCCCCCACCGCACCGACCACGCCGCGGCGACGACAUCAUCGGGAACUAGACCUGGACAAUAUUAUACAGGGCCCGCGCAGCGCAAGAAGCAGAGACAAAGGAAAUUCAAGUGCCCGGAAGCGUAUAACUUCACCAAAGAGUCCCAAAGCAUCAACAUCAGGUUUGAAGACCCAAGCUAAGAGUACGCCGGCUCGUAAGCGAUUGGCGAGCGAAAGUAGUGAACUGAGCGAGAGCAGCAACUCAGCGCCCCCCGCUAGACUGGAGGACGUCGCAGGCGUCGAACCUGAAGUACAGAGGACGCCGCGCAAGAUAGACGGAGUCAAAGCCGGCCCGCUUCAAUUGAAAGGUGCAGCGAAACAGAACAUCGGCAAGAAGAACUCCAAGUUGACAAAGUUCGAGAACGACGAGGACACAGUUUCCCAACUGGGCCCGAUCCCGCCCAGUGACAGCAAACUGUUCGUUGGGUUGCACUUCCUACUCACGUGCACGGAUACACCGAGGCGACUGAGGGAGAUGGCAGAGAAUUUUGCCGGGAAAACUGAUAAUGUUGAGAAGAGUCAAAGUCAUUAUUCGUCUGAGGAGGAUGGAGAGACUGCGGGCUCGAUGGCCGGCACCGAUACUGAAGAUUUGGUGUUCUACUCGAGACCGUUCAACAAGGAACGUCUCAAGGAACAGAUUGAAGCUGGCGGUGGGAAAGUGUACAGUCACUUCGACGACGUGCCGAAGAACAAGUAUACAGUAUGCAAACUGAUAGCGCCUCGUCCGUGCAUCACCGCCAAGUACAUACAGUGCCUGGCGGCGGACGUGCGCGCGCUCUCCCACGGGUGGGUCAUAGAGAGCUGCGCGCGACAGAGGCUGCUCGACCCCGACAGCUUCGCGCUGCCGGCCGGAUGGUCGCUCGUGCAACAGAGGUUCCUCAACUGGGUGCCGUCGACGGGCAAACGGAAUACGUCCAUAUUCAAAGACAAGCUGAUCGUCCUGUGCAGCGAUCAGGACACGUUCCUCAAGUUCUGGGAUCGCGUGUGCACUCUAGCCGGAGCGAACACCCGCCAGGUCAACGAGGACGAUCUCAACAUGACCGGCGCCUUGGUCCUGGUGACCGAGCUGGACUGCCCUCACGAGGUCCAAAACAAAGCGAACCAAGACAACAUACCGCUAGUGUCCACGCACUGGGUCAUCCAGUGCCUGAUCGAAGACAAAAUCGUCGACCCCAACGGUCACGCGAAGUUCUCGUUUGCGUUCACGGAGCAAGAAUGAUCCUGGGACUUCAGAAAGUACCUCAUAAUACGUGAAAAUUGACACUUGAGGUGUAAGCGAUCGGACGCUUUUUAGUGUUAGUGGGGAGUGAUGAGUUGUUGGAAUACAGUGGCUUAGUGAUGAAGGAAGAUUCAAUAUAUAGUGGAUUUGAAGUUGGCGGAUACUGAGUCAUCACUUUUGGUAUAAGUAAUGUGGUCUUUGAAUAAAUGUUCGCGAGUAUCAUAAAACUAAGUGACUUGAAAGUUCUGAUACUGCUAAUUAUAUCAUGUAUCUUGUAUAAGAGAUUCCCUAUACCUAAAUGUGAACUGAAUUGUUUUAUGUGACUGUUUUACAGUUUAUAAAUUCAAUUCGAGCAUUUUAAUGUACCAUGAAAUGUUCUACACAUUUCCAAUUAUUUAUAAAUAUUGUGAUGUUUACAUUGUUACAUCAAUGAUAAAGUUUCCUUGUAACAAAUAAUUUCUAGUUAUUAUUAAUGCGAUAAAUUUAAGUAUUAUGUCAAAUCAUGAAAACCAUAUAAUCUCAGAAUACGAAUAAGUUUAUUCUGUAUUCUGAGCAUAGAUAAUAGAUGUAAAAAUGAGGAGUUGUGUUAAAGGUGUGACGAGUUUGGAAGUCUAGCUCUAAGUGGCAACUAUUUUUUGUAGGUUCUAAGUAAAAGCAUUUUGGAUAGUACAAGUAAAUCAUUUUAUCCUAAAAGUCAUUAAAAAACAAUGUAAAUUUUAGUAGUUAAAUUUGAUAAUAAUCUAUUGGAAUCAUUCAUGUUUGUCAUUCUAAAUAAGACCUUAUUGAAAUAUAAAUAUGGGUAUUUUCUAAGUUUCAAAUAACAUUGUUUGUAAACAAAAUACGUUUUGAAAAAGAAACAAACUAUUCUUAUAACUUUUGACUUUUAAGACAAAACUGACUUGAAUUUAAAUAGUGUUAAAUAUGUGUGUGAAGUUUGUGAAUUAGCAUGUAUUGUGAUCAUUAGAAAUGUACACAAAUGUAUAAUAAAGUAUUAAUGGCUUAGUCAAAUUAAACAAAUUAUAAUUAAGCUUAGCUAUUUCGUAUUAUUGUUUUGGAAUUUUGUAAUAGGUUCAUUAAAUGUUUAAAACAUCAAAUUGACUUGACAAUAUCUGACCUUGUGUGGGUCUCAAAUUAAAGCGCAUUACUGUAGUCGUUACAAUUUCAAAGGGGAUAUAUAAACUUUCUAUUUUGAGAGCGGAAACACCUCAAGAUAACUAUGUGGGUGGGUGCUGAUUUGAACCAUAGUGUAUCUAAAUAAAUGCACACUGAUAUUGAAUCUUAUUGCAAAGUCAAUAAGAUACUGUUAUAGUGGGUAUUGAUUUUAUACAUUUUUGCACUAGAAUUUGAAACACUGACCUAAAUAUGAAAGUUAGAAAGUUAGAAAAGAUCGUCCAGAGAUUUAAUACUCCACUCCAUUAAUUUAGUAGAAUGGUUUGUUACGAGUUCUACUAUCAGAUUUGGACAAUGACUAAUAUAUUUCAGCUAACUUGAAUGUGUUUUCAUCUGUUACUGUAUGGGGCUUAAGUUUUACUAAAUGCAUUUAUUUUGUAUAAAUAUUUAUAUAUCCUUGAGGAACUUGUAACGAUUUUGCUAAUACUUGUGUAGACCAAUUAUUUAUCAAUUGUGACUUUAUUUUGCAGUGUGAUAUUCUUAGUCUUUAUUAUUAAUUUUUGUUAACUAUUUUUCCGGAUUUAAAUUAUGUUUUUUUAAUUGUACAAUUUAUUCAAGCCUGAAUACUGUAAUUCUUAUAUAAUUGUAGACAUAGGAAAUUAUGGGCUUAUUAUGUGUGACUUGUUAAUUUUGUAUAUAAUUAUUUACAUGUCACAAGUUAAUUUAUAAAUUAACAUGUUUGUUUAAAUGUGCGUAAUUAAAAUGUGCUAUUUUUGUUCUUGGAUCUCCAGAUAUGAAGUAUUUCAAGAAAAUCAUAAAAUACUCUGUGAUGGAGUUUUUUUUCGUAAUAAGACGAUUACUUGAUCAUGUACAGUAUGUUGUUAAGUAUUGAUGUAGAUAUAUUUAAUUUGUAUCUGUCGCUUAUUUUCUCAAGUAUGUCUAGACACAUUGUUGAUAAAUUAAUUUAAAAUGUCAAAUGGAUUAUGUGUUUAUGACUUAUAUAAUUACAGGUUAAGUUACAAUGUAAACCACAGUUGAAAAUCUCAAUGCACUGACUUAAUUAAAUCAAUCAGUAAACCGAACAGACAAUUUAUUACGUUUGCACAGUGAUAGAAACAAUUUAAGAAAUCUGUAAUUAAUACUCGCUUGAUGCAGUGGUUCCCAACCUGUCUCUGGCCUCUGAGAUCGGCAAAUUUUAUGUACCGUAGAACUGCAAAGUGCGCUAGUAGAAAUACAAUACAAUCCUGUGGAGGUAGUUAACUCAAUAUUGGUUUUGAUUGAAAAUAUAAAUUUUGUAUAUUGUUCAAUUGCAAUUAAUUAUUCGAAGAUAUAUAUCUAAGUGUGUAAUAGAAUGUUUAAUAUGAAUUCCGGAGGUGGUCUUGAUGUUAUUUUCUUAAAGACUACAGCUAACAUAGAACUUGAUGAAAAAUGGAACUAUUUCUGCUUACUUGGGGGUUACUCAAAAGUAUUCACGUUAUUGCAGAGUUGAAGCUCGAGUGAUACUUUACCAGAGCGCGUCUUUAGAAUACUAAUAUUUUUAAUGUAAUGGUCAAGAAAAAUCAUAAUAAAUGAUUUAGGUUAUAUUUUAACUGCACUUUUAUCAGAUAUCUUGUCCGAUGUGCAUGUUAAAAAGCAUUGAUAUUUUUUUUUUCACUUUGCAAUCUUUAAACUAGAAUUUAUAUUCUAUUGAUGAAAAAAAUGGGAUGCUAUCCUGGGCUCUCCGUUUUAAAUAAGGUGUUUAUAAUAUUUUUUAGUAUUUACACAUUGACAUAUACAUCUGCAUUUCACUUUUUAUAUAAUUGUAUAGAAUUGUUUUUGUUAUGUUCUCGACAUUUUGUUGUAUGAAUUCAGGUAGAAGUGUAAUGUGUAAACUAUGAUUAAACCGUGG